AUGUUAAACAACAAUGGUUUUAACGGAGGGGUGAAUCAGAUGAAUGAAUACCAAGGCGGCAUGAAUUUCCAGGGAAAUGGCCCUUUUCCUGGAGGCGGUCAAUUUCAAGCCAACAACAACAGUGAACAGCGACAACAACAUUAUGGGGAGCUCCAAAACUGUAACAACGAUUUUUAUGCCGUGCAAAAAAUAAAUGGGCUUAGCAACCACCAAGGCUUUGUCGACAGAAACGUGAUGUAUGGAAAUAAUUCGUUCGGAAGGCCCCCCCCUCCCCCGAUGGAAGAGAUACCCAAUUAUUACCAGGCUAAAGCUGCAAUGAGUGCAAAUCCUAUGGGUGGCAUCUCAAUGUCUCCAACCGACAAUGGAUUCCCCAUGUACCAGAACAAAAACAGCAACCAACCCUUUUUUGCAAAGGAGCAAAGUCCACCCAACUAUAACGACCAGGCAUUAUUCUCACAAGUUAAGCAGAACGUAUCUAUAUUCGGAAAUAAAGCAAAAAAUAAUGCCCCCCUUUUUGCCAAUAAUGUGAAAAGCCAAAUGAAGGUUGAUGUCCCCAGUGUUAGUCUAUAUGACUUUGUGAGUCACGACAAAUCAAUUUUUGGAAAUAGGUUAAAGGAAGGAAAACCCCUCUUUGCAAAUACGAGCAAUAUGAACCAAACGAUGGAAAAUCCCCAAAGUGUGCAGCAAAGUAAUAACUACUUACAGAAUAACAACCAUGUACAUAGUAUGCCUGGGCAUGGGGGGGAUAAGAACUACAUGAACUAUAAUUACGAUGCCAAGGGACAGACUACCUUUGGUAUGAACCCUUCGAAUUAUAUGAUGCCCCCUAGUAUGGGCGGGAUGAACAACGUCAACGAGAUGGGCCACCACGGGAAUCAGCUCAUGGGGAAUACAUACAACCAAAACAACCUGGGUGCAAACAUGGGGUCAGUGCCAUCCGCGCAGAAUGCCUAUGGGAUCGCAGGGUCCAAUGCGUUCGGUGCAAGCAAUUUUAGUUACCCCCAAAGUUGUAACGCUCUGCAACCAAAUAUGCAGAAUGAACAAUACCCCCCCAUGUUCGGUAACGGAGGAGCAGGCGGUAUUAACACAUUUUCUAACUCGGCCUACGGGAACCAAAUAGUUGGCGCCAACAACAUGUCGUCUUAUCCAAAUCUCUUAUCGAGCGGUGGAUUCCACCCCUCCGUUGGGAACAGCAAUGUGUGUGGCGGUCCUACGGCGGCAACGACACAAAUGGAAAUGCAAAACGUAAAUUUUUCAAAUAAUGAUCCCAACUAUAACGCCAACUCGAGUGUAUCAAUGCAAAAUAAUUCGACACAAAAUGCUGGAAAAGAACAAAACUGCCAAAAUGAACUCCAAGGAGAGGAAGUUUUGUUUACAAACGAAAAUGAAAUUCUGUUUGAAAAAAAUUACAUAAAGAAAUACGGUAUGGAGGGAGAUAGCCAAAUGGACAAAAUAAAAAAAAUUCUUUUUUUUAAUAAAAAUUUUGUAAAGUCCUUGGAACAAAUAGCUAGCCAUAAUUUAAACAGUUACAACGAGAAUAGAUCCACCAUUUAUACCUUCCCUUGUUCUAUGGCAUCGAAUAAUAUCAAUUUCUACAUGCAAGCUGUUGAAGACUGCAAGAAGGAAAGCCGCUUUGACGUAGACGCAGAUUUGUACAAUAAAAUAUUCACCAAGCAAAAUAUGCAGCAGGCCUUCUCCGUUUUGAAAAAUAUAAAUAUGAACAAAAAAAUGGACCAACAGGAUAUUGACUUGGAUAUCUACUACCCCCUUCUUCAUGUGGAGAAGAUAAAAUUUAGACAGCCCGUCACCCCAGAGCAUUCUCGCACAAUUCCAGGUGCUCCCUUCCAGUUGGGUCAAAUUCCAACCGUCAUUUGA